CUGCUCUCUCCCUCGUUCCCAUCAUCCCUUAUUUUCCCAUCCAUCACCAUGUCUCUCGGAAAGAAGGUUACUCUCAACACUGGUGCCCAGAUCCCUCAACUGGGUUUCGGUACCUGGCAGUCUGCUCCCGGCCAGGUCGGUGAGGCUGUUUACCAGGCUCUGAAGGCUGGAUACCGUCAUUUGGAUCUGGCUACGAUCUACCAGAACCAGCGUGAGGUUGCUACUGGUAUCAAGCGCGCCUUUGCCGACAUCCCCGGCCUCAAGCGUGAAGACCUGUUCAUCACCUCCAAGCUGUGGAACAGCCAACAUGCUCCCGAAGUCGUUGAGAAGUCCCUGGACGAAUGUCUCGCUGAGCUUGAGCUCGAGUAUCUCGACCUGUACCUUGUCCACUGGCCCGUCGCCUUCAAGACUGGCCCCAAUUACUUCCCUCUCGUUGAAGGCAGCACUGUCGAGGGCGGCGACUGCAGCAUUGACGGCAACAUCUCCAUCGUCGACACCUGGAAGGCCAUGACCCAGCUUCCCAAGUCCAAGGCCCGCGCCGUCGGUGUUUCCAACCACACCAUCCCCCACCUCGAGGCUCUCAUCAAGGCCACCGGUGUCGUCCCCGCUGCUAACCAAAUCGAACGCCAUCCUUCCCUGCAGAGCAAUGACUUGAUCAAGUUCUGCCAGGAGAAGGGUAUCCACGUUACUGCCUACUCCGCCUUCGGUAACAACAUGGUUGGCGUCCCCCUCCUCGUCACCCACCCCGAGAUCAAGGCCGUCGCCGAGGAAGCCUCCCAGCGCCUCGGAAAGACCGUCAGCCCCGCCCAGGUCAUCCUCAACUGGUCCCAGGAGGGCGGCCACUCAGUCAUCCCCAAGUCGGUGACUGCGUCCCGUAUUGCCGAGAACUUCCAGGAAGUCGAGCUCACUUCCGCUGAGAUCGCCAAGGUCUCUGCUCUGGGCCAGAACCGCCGUCGUUACAACACCCCCUACGUGGCUAACAAGCCUCGCUGGAACAUUAACAUUUUCGGUGAGGAGGAGGAGAAGCCUGCUGACCACAAGGUUAUUUUGUAAAUUUUGUGUGUGUGUGUGUGUGUGUGUGCUGGCCACACCAAAAAAAAACAACUCAAUGUUGAAUAUAUAUAGCGGAUAUGGAUACAAUAUGGAUAGAUGAACAAAUUAACGAAAAAAAAGCAGAUGAUUCUACCUGUAGCUCUAUAGAUAGAGAUUAUGGUGGUAUUAUUAUCAUUGUUAUCAUAAACGAAGAC